CACAGGAGAGAAGGGAGAGUUGGGGGCCAUGGGACCGAUGGGUCCUGCGGGACAGAAGGGAGAGCAGGGCAUCACAGAGAUCAUCGACUACAAUGGAAACAUCCAGGAGGCUCUACAGAAGAUUACGUCUAUUACAGUGACGGGACCUCCGGGACCACCUGGGCCUUUGGGGCCACCGGGCCUAAAGGGUGACCAGGGUUCCCCUGGUCUUCCAGGAUUGGAUGGAGAGAGGGGUCUGAAGGGUUCCAAGGGUGACAUGGGCAUGCCUGGUAUCUCAGGAGACAAAGGCUCUAUGGGGCUGCCUGGACUACCGGGAGUCAACGGGCUGAAGGGAGACAAGGGGGAUGCUGGCUUGCCCGGAGCUCAGGGACCCUCUAUCAUUGGUCCACCUGGGUCGGCCGGACCUCAUGGGCCUCCAGGUCCAAUGGGCCCCCAUGGCUUCCCCGGUCCAAAGGGCGAGCCUGGUCUGCACGGGUCAAAGGGUGCUCGAGGGGAGACGGGGCACAAGGGGGACAGAGGACCCCUGGGACUCCCCGGAGCGUCUGGCUUGGAUGGCAAGCCUGGAUCAAGGGGCAUGGACGGCCCAAUAGGUGCUUCAGGACCGGCUGGCCCAAAAGGAGACAUUGGUGAAAAGGGUGCAGAUGGGGAGCCUGGGCCUAGAGGGCCCUACGGCCUUCCCGGCUCUCCUGGGACACCUGGGCAAGAUGGCAUACCUGGUGCAAAGGGCGAUAAGGGAGACGAGGGGGAGAGAGGAGAAAAGGUGAUCUGGACGCGUGUGUGCGCUAACACUGAGGACGCGUGCUAGCUAGUUAGCUAAAUAGCUAAUUUAACCACAGCUAAAUCGAUCUCUCCUGUCACCAGACAGAGGCUGAUUCAGGAACAGAUCCAACGUGAUCUGGUGAACUGAUGAUUUAGUGAUCUGGUAGUCUGAUGCAGAACCAUGGAAUUCAGAGUUGUGACAACAGGAAGUCGGUUGGUGACAUGAUUCACAUAGAUUCAAAUAAUUAUAGGCUGCGGCUUUCUUUUUGCUAUAGACUAAAGCAGAACCACUACAUAAGAAUCAAAGAUGACGUAAAAAUUCAUUAAAAUGAAUUACAUUUACCUUUACUGCACUUUCUGUGUUCAACACUUCCUGGAACUACUGUAUUGUGUAACUUUGUCGAUGGCAAUCUCUGUGUCAAAGGCUCCAUGAGCCGCCAUCUUUGUG